GCAAGCGCGUAAUGCAAGACAUUUGCGGUGUUGAGUUACAAGACUCACUUCAGUUUGCUUUCGUAUUUCUUCGGUGCCACUUAGUUACUGAAGUCAUCCUUGUAACUCUUAAAGAUUUGAGGCAGUUUGUUACAUUUAUUCCGCUGUGUGAAGAAACAUUACAGGUUUCUACGGGGAAGGAACAAUCAUGGGUCCUCCAGUUUUGUUGGUAGCAGCUUUUGUGGCGUUUCUUUGCGGGCAUCAAGCGAGUAAGUUCUUGCAUUUUUGACAUCGAAUUGUUUCUGCUUGUGCGAUCGAAACGUCAAAGAAGUCCCCAAAUAUCAUGUAACUUUUUAGGUUAUCUCAAACCACUCUAGAUUGUUUUUAAGAUUUAAAAAUGGAGCAUAUAAGCUUGGAAGGCUUUGAGAAGUGAGUACAGGGCGGGAUAUACUGUCUUGACUGGAUUAGUAUGUUUAGUUAAAAGAAUUUCAAUGACAUAUUGACUCGACAAAGAUCUCGAUUUUAUUACAAGCCAUUUUAGUUGUUUUAUCAAAUUAUUAGGAAUCUAUAUUUUGGCAAUUAGCAGCAGUUUCUUCGCCGUAGUUAAAUUUGUCCGUGAACGCCCUUUAGUCAUGGCGCGCGCGGGGAAAAAAAUUAAAAUGGUGUGUUUUUGAAAUGAAUGUUUUGAAUGGAAACAACUCGAAGCUAUUUCCUCAAACAAGACUCCACAGAAGAGCGUACAAAUCUCUCUUCAUUGAUAAUCGCAAUCCUUGUGGAGAUUUGAUUCAUAACGCAAAAAAUUAGCAAGGAAAUCAAGGUAAUCCGCAAACAAGAGUACUGAAAGUGCUUUUGGCGUUCACUUGUUUCUUUCUAGUCUUACGUUUCUGGUGCUUUAAGACUGGAUUUUACUUAAAUAUUUUCUGUAGCCUUGAGAAAUUUUGGGUCAUUCUUUGUAACAACCUAAAAAUGCGCAAAUUUUCUACCAAUCUCACGAGAAAUGUGUAACAGGAAACAUUGUCAUGCUCAAAAUAUUCAACACCAAAUAUUGAAAUUUUUUGGGCUUUGUCAUUGUUAGAUCCGUGUGUUCACAAUGGUGAGAUCGAAUUUGGGAUAUUUCGUUUGUUUUUAGUGGCUGUGAGCCAUACGAUGAGUAAAUUAUAAUCUGGAAAGGGUAUUUCUCAUCAAGCAUUCAAGUCUCAACCUGGCUCGCGCGAUAAGUUUAAAGUAGCAACUACAAAUUAUGUUGUGUUUUCGAAACCGCAACCCGAGGCUUGAUGUUCCUAUUUGAACUGAAAAUAAGCCAUCUUAAAACCAAAAAUGAAAGAAAUGCUUACACUUUUCUUAUCGAUAGUCACUUCCUUUUCGGCUGACGAAAUGAUUUACUCAAUAAUUAUUUUAGUCAACCGAACAGGUAACACUGAACGAUUUACAUUAUAUAAAAGCUUGCCGUUUUAACAUUAGUAUUUUAUCUUUGAUUAUUUACUUUUUAAUUUACUUCAUUUUGGGGCUUCUUCAUUUAAAUAUUUACUUUCGGGGCUUUUAGUUUUUCAAAAACUACGUGACCAAGAAAACAAAACUUGUUUUCCUUUUCCUUGGAGCUAAUUGCUCAUGUCUCUCAUAACCGGAAUAUUUUGUUUCCAAAACAAAUUGUUAAUGUAACCCUCUCGCUCUUCAAAGAGGCUAAGAAGAAAAAGAAAACACAAGAAAUAUCUUACUUUUUUAAAUGAAGUCUGCAACAGUUUCACUGUAAUGGUUUAAACACCUCAAGAUUUCAUCCACGGAUUCAAAACUCAAAAGUAACAAUUCGUUUCACCACAACUCGUUCUUGGAAGGGUUACGUCUCGAAAGUUUUAUAACGUCAGUUUUCAGGUCUCUAUAUCUUUUCUUGUAACUGAGGAAAAUAUUGUUUAGUUUUCUCGUGAUCGUGCACCGCCAUUAUCAGUCACAGAUAAGCUGCAAUGAUCUGCCACGUUUGGCUUUGAGGAAAUAGUUAAUUCAUGAUUAAUCGUUUUAAGCUUCUCCACCCAAAGUUCAAUUAUUUACUUGUGCAUAAUUGCACGAAGUAGACUUCUGUAAGUCACGUUCACAAAUAGUUUCUUUCGAUUUGUUGUCAUCCCACGAUUUUUGUUAAUGAUUAGCUUUCCAGUGAAAUUCGACAAGUUGUUUACGAUUCACCCAUUUCAGUCCGGAAUUUAGAGAAUUUAGCAUACAGCUAUGAAAAAUUCAACGUUAAGGCUUUGUAGUAGAUAAAAUUGUGUCAUUGUUGAUAGGGGUUAUACGGGGAUAAUGUAAGUGAGAGAUGGUUCUGUUCUUUCAGAUAAAAUUAAUAUUUAGGUAGCUGGAUUUAUACAUGGGACCUUUUGUUUAAUUUUCACUUAGUUUUGGAGCAUAAAUACUUUCCACACAGUCAGUCGUUCCAUAAAGGAGAAGUAGCGAAGCAUACUUUGUGGGGUUUAUUGCGAACAGAAACAAUUUAAAGUCCUUUUAUUACCUCUGUUUUAAAAUAUUACAAACUCACACCCAACUUUCUUGCCAUAAUUAAACGCCUUUAAAUAAUGCUGGGCAAUGUUGAGUGAAUUGACGACUGAGUAAAACUCCAGGCAAUUUGAAUAAAAAAAGGAUGUCAAUAAUGUAUCCAAGUAUAAUGCACAUCCAUGGUCCUCAAGUAAAUUUUUGUUGUUCUUGAAUUGGAGUCUCGUAAUAAAAGAGUACCCAUUAUUCUAGAAUGAUUUUACUAAAGUUUUUAUUUCUUUUGAGGGUUUAGACAUGCCUUGUUGUGGUAUGUUUUGUUGCUCUCGGCUUCUUUACUAUGGUAGUUGCAAUCCAACAUGUACAAUCUUGUUUGUUACCAUUGCAUCCACUUCAAGGCCAUGAUUUUCUGUUAAAGGGCAGGUUCACAGUUAAGCGCAUGCUCAUUGUGGCAUGAUCAUAUUGCUUGCAUAGACGAUACAGCAUGUCCCAGCAGAAAAACAGCAUUUUAAUAAAUGAACAUGUACUAAACCGUGAACCUGUCAUUUUCUGUCUGAAUAUUUUGCAAAUCUGGGCCGAGUUGUUCGAAAGUUGGAGAACACUAUCCACCAGAUUAAUCUCUAUCCAAGAGACAACAUGGUUGAAAUUUCCUAACAGUUUUUGAGGGCUGUGCUUUAGCAGAACCCAGUGGUCCCUGGUGUCUAACUUUUGCCCUUGGGCAACUAGAAAAUCGUAGUUUUUUUCAUACAAAUCAUAUGCUGGCACGUACCCUGGAUUUUGCAGUUUCAUAGCGUUGGGCCUCCUUCAAUUUUCCUCGGAACACAGCCUUGUAUUUGCUGGGAAAUGAUUUAUCCAGUGUAUAGCACUAUCUAAUGUUUGAACAACCCGGGCCAGAAGUUUUUGGUAAAAUUAAUGUUUUUUCUUUGGUGUUUAAGGGGCAGACUUAAGUGUCUCGCCACCGUCUCUGCGUCCCAGUCUUGGAGAAACAACAUCAUCUAUAUGUACGGUCAGUGGAGGGGAGACGUUUCAAGGCUGGUUCAAAGGCAACAAUCGCAUCUCUGACUCGACGUCUGCUUCAGUACAUGUUACAUCAAAUGGAAACCAACAUACUCUGAAUUUAGUUGGUGUGAAGGUGAAUUAUGGUGGCGAGUAUGAAUGUCGUGGUAGCUUCAAUCAGCCAGCUAAGCUGACAGUAGAAAUUGGUGGUAAGUACUGCUGAGUAUGUUUCCAUACAUAGAGGAUAUUACAUUGCCAUGCGGAGAUACGAAAUUGCUUUAUAAGUCUAUGAAUGAUGGGUGUACCAUAGUCAGGGCAGAUGUCACCAAGAUUUCUCAUUGCUGAGUUAUAUGCAGUUAGUAGGUGGAGAUAGUUCUUUUACAAUGGGGAAUAUAUAAUCAUCCCCAGGCAAGGAAUAAGCUCUCUCACCUCUGACAUCUGCAGCUCAUUCCUAGUUAGUCAAUAACACUUAAAGAAUGUUACGUAACAUUCUUUAAGUGUUAUUGACUAACUAUGAAUGAGCUGCAGAUGUCAGAGGUGAGAGAGCUUAUCCCUUACCUGGGGAUGAUUAUAUACUCCACUUUUUAGAGAUGUUAUACUACUACAUGAGAAAUUUCUGUAAUUUGAUUGGCUUAGAGCAGUGGUAUUUCAGCUUAAUUUGAAAUACCUACACAGGGCUCAAAGUUAGCAACUAACUGGUCGCAUAUGCAACUUGAUUUUUGGUUGUGUGCCUAAAAAUUCAUGUGUAAUCACACCUGUGCGCCGUAAAACCCAAAGCACAGUGCGACUGACUUCCAACUAUACCUACCAACUCGAACUAGAAAGACGGUGUAUGUUUAAUUGGUCUUUUCUCCCAAUGGAUUCUACGAACUCGAAUGUUCUUUUUCGUUUUGAUGUCUUACUCCAUCCCAGACUCUUCUGUUUUGUAAUAAACACUGCUGACACAUGCAAAUAUAUGCGCUACGAACGAAUCACAUACUUUUUGCGCAAUGGACGAUCAUGUCGAACGUUCAGUUUUAACGUCAAUCAAAACAAAAACAGUGCAGAUUAAGAGCCUUUUUUUCCAGGUAAGAAAGUUUUCUAAGUCGUAUUCCAGGUACAUGUAAGUCAUUGCGCAUUUAACAAAUUCAUUAAAGAUUAAUUUUCAUUCUUGUUCGACACACUCAUUGUUGUCAGUUUUGAAUUGUUUUUCAAGUGUAAGUUUUCUUUAGUAACAACUGUACUGUCAAAAAGAGAAAUUAGUAUUAAAAAUCACAACGGUAUUACUGCGUAGCAAAUCAGCUGUGUUUUAUCAAUCACAGGACUGAAGUAAAAGUAACAAACUGAAGAUGACAAAUAAACAUGGCACUGUUAAGCUUUUUACUUUUUCGUUUGAAAUAGAUGCUCCCAACAUUAUAAGCUGUGCUCCCAAAAUUUUCAGCUGUGCGCCUAAAAUUUCGGCAGUACGCCUAAAAAUUUUACAUCUGGUAGCACAAGUGCUCCCAGGCCAAACUGAAAUUUAAACUUUGAGCCCUGCUACAUGUGAAAAUUACAAUCCUUUUGCGGGUAAGUAGUACAAACAAAUAAUAGCAUGAUUUGUACGUGAUAUUUGGCAUAAAUACCACUAGUGAUAUCUCAAAAUUGUCUCAAAUUUCACGUGUAACAAUUUCAAAAUAUCACUCGUGAUACUUCUGCCAAAUAUCACUACAAAUCAUGCUAUUACCUAUACUAAUUUGAUGGAUGAUAUAUAGUGAGGUUUUUCAACACGCACUAUUGCAUGUUUUCUUUCUUUCCUUUUUUGUGUGUGAUGUAAUAAGUUACUGUAAUAAAGAAAGAAAGAAAGAAAGAAAGAAUAACAGGAAUCAAUUCAACUAUGUCUGAUUUAGGAAAGCAGGACUGUUACUAACCCAUUAAGCCCUAAGAUCCACAAACAAAUUCUCCAGACUGAUCUCCAUACAUUUCUUUUACAAAUAGUUGAGGGAAUUUGGUUUAAAAUCCAAACGUUCUCCCUUUGGUAAUCAAUCCAGUUGUCUAACUUGUCCAGUUAGCGGUACUUGUUUGGAUCACAUCUAUUCAAAUCAUCCUCAGCGAAUAUUGAAUACUCUCAACUGUGGCCUCUCUGAUCAUGUACCUAAUUUUGCUGUAUGCAAAUAUAACAACGAGCGCGCAUCUUGUGGCAUGCAGAAAAAUCAGUAUAUUAGAUCUCGUGACAUGAAGCAAUUCGACGAGAACUGAUUCAAAGAAACACUGAGUCAGGCCAUUGGGAUACAGUAUUCGUAUUGAUGAGAUUGAUGAUAUGCUGGACUCUUGGGAGUCACUUUUCAAUAGCAUACUUGAUGAAAAUUGCCCGUGGCGUGAAAAGCGUGUAAAGCGCGCUGUCCAAGCUCCUUGGAUUACUAGCUCUGUCUUGAAACAGCUACACCUGAGAGAUAAUUGCCUAAAAACCGCAAGGCGUUCCAAUAAUGCUGAUGAUUGGUCUAAUUACAGAGCGGAAAGAAAUAAAGCAGUUGCGAUGAUUAGGAGCGCAAAACGAAAAUUUUUCUGCAAUGCCUUCGAGGAAAAUAAAGGCAAUUCAAGAGGAAUAUGGAAGACAAUAAGAACACUGACUGGCUCAGGAGAGAACAGAUGCGAUAUUAACAGUAUUAGUAUCGGGGAAGCUGUUAUAGAUGACAAAAAGCUAAUGGCGCAACAUCUUGACGCUCAUUUUUCCAGUAUAGCAGAUAGGUUAAGAUCUACAUUACUGCAAGUUCCAUCAGACCCCUCAAAGCUGCAAGACUUUGUCAGAUCCAGAAAAAGUCCUGAUGCAUCUUAUGUCAUUCCAUCCAUUGUUGCGAGAUUGAUUAACUUUUCCUUUUCCAGUGGAUCAUUUCCAAGUCGUUGGAAAACAGCUCUCCUCUGUACAAGAAUGGUGACUCACGUGAUGUUCAGAAUUUUCGAUCAAUAUCUGUGCUACCUGUCCUUUCUAAAGUUAUCGAGAGACAUGUGCAUGACUCCUUAUACAGUUAUCUAACUGAAAACAAUCUGAUUUAUCCUCGCCAGUCUGGUUUUCGGAAGAAUCACAGUACAGACACCGCUCUCAUACAGAUAGUUGACGAAUUGCUCUUCAAUUUAGAUAAGAGUAGAGUUAGUGGCAUGGUGCUAGUAGACUGCUGUAAAGCCUUCGACAUGGUAGAUCAUGGUCUUCUUCUGGAUAAGCUGAAGUUACCUGGUAUUGCUGGCGAAACAAUGAAGUGGUUCCAGUCUUAUUUGGCGGACAGACACCAGCUUGUCUAUUUUGGUGGUUGCGUCUCAGACGUGGCGCUUAUGAAACAUGGGGUUCCUCAGGGCAGUAUACUCGGCUCUUUGUUUUUCACAGUUUUUAUUAUUGACCUGCCACUUCAUGUCAGCUCCUCUGAAAUCGAUCUUUAUGCAGACGAUACUGCAAUCACUUUGUCAGCAGAUUGUGGCAGCAUGGAAAGACUGCAGGAAUCUCUUAAUACAUCUGUAUCAGAAGUUGUUAACUGGGCAUUGGCCAACAGGCUUCCACUCAAUGAAAAAAAGACCAAGGUCCUCACCGUGAAGGGAAAGCGACUCUCGACCAAAAUAAACAAUUAACUAACGUUAUGAAUGUUAAGCUACUAGGUCUUGAGAUUGAUGAUGAGCUAUCUUUCUCUGAGCAUAUUACGACUGUUUGUAAGAAAGUUUCACAUCAUAUCGGCUUGUUAAAGAAAAUUAUGAAUUAUCUGCCCCUUAAACAAAGAUUACUUUAUUACAAUUCUUUGAUCAGGCCAGUGAUUAAUUAUGCAUGUGUCCUCUGGACUAAUUGUGAUAAGGAAAGCCUUGGGCGGGUCCUGAAGCUCCAAAAACGAGCAGCUAGAGUACUCUGAAUGCCCCCCUCUAGCACCAUCAGUUCCCUUGUUUAAUCAGCUGAAAUGGUUGCCUUUUUAUAAAGACGUUUUAAUAUCUAAAUGUAUCAUUGCUUAUAAGUGAUUACAAAGUGACGUCCCUGUUUAUUUAAACAAUCUACUUAAAUUAAACAGUAACAUCCACAGUAGACAAACCAGGUACUGUAAUUUUAACCUAAUCUCUCCAACAGAAAGGGAUAAACAGAACGAGGCGUAAUCUUUUUGUCGGAGCUACUUUGCCUUUCAAACAGAAGGAAACCGGCAGAACUUUUAAUUGUGCAUUGAGAACAAACAGUUAAGAUUAAGCAUGGAAACCUCAUAUCCUCACCGUCAUUUAUGUUUUAUCAUAUCCUCACCGUUUUUACUAAAAAAAGCUGAUCUUUGCCUGUCAUUUUGCGCAAAGGGAAAGAUUUAAAAUAAAAAGGCCCGCAAAAUCAGUUCUAUAAUAAACACAAUACCACAUGACUCUUUAAAAAAAGCAUUGUGGAAUGAAUUUUUUAAACAACGGCAGAAUCUUGAUUUUUCUAUUUAAGUUACUUGAUAAAUUGUGAGAUGAUUAUAAUGCUAUAUUUUAUCUUUUAAAUAAUUUAGGAGACUCUAUAGUAUCUGUAUUCUUUGGUUUUUACCUUAAUUUUUAUAGCUUAGUAUACUCAUUUAUUACUGUAUUAUUUAUUUAUUUAUUAUUUAGAGGGUCACAAGUUUAUUAGCCCCGGCUAUUUCGUGCUAACCCUCAUAAAAAUUAAUAAAGCCUUUACUUACUUACUUACUUACAAUGUAGUAAUUCUCAUAACCUUUACUCUUGAUGAUCUGCUGAUGUUUUUAGGAGAAAAUUGAUGUUGGUCACUGUUGGGACCUAAAGGGUUAAGUUCCAGAUGGUACUCUGGAUUUCAAGUGACAGGAAUGAUUGAAGGAUUUUUUUGGGCCUGAAAUCUUCGAUUGUGGGAUUUUUGUGGGUAGAAAAUUUUGGCAGGUAUUUUUCUCUGUGGCUUGAUUUAAAUAGGGAUUUUUCUGGAGCAUUUAAAAUAACCUGAAGAUUCGUGAUAGUGUCCGCGUAUCCUGGCCAAGUAGUUCUGUGAAUAAACUACAACCAGACUUGUUUUGAAAAACUUUAUUUUCGUGUUAUAUCAUUAUUUUAAUGCCUUCUGGAAAUUUUUAAGGCUCGGAAACUAGGCGUGGGAUUUUUUGGUGGUUAAUUUUUGGUCCAGGGAUUUUUUUGGGUUUCUAUUUUUUCCUCCAUUUGAUCAUGUCACUUGAAAUCCGGAUUACCCCCCUGGACAUUAAAUUUUAAAGCAGCUGUAAAAAAAAAAGAAAAGAACAAAAUUCACCGGUAACAUCUCUUAAAAAUUGUACAGUGUCAUUCUUAGUUUCCACUGUCAUCACCUGUAACAUCAAAUGUGCUCAUUUCAUUUCAUUUCUUUUUUCAGUUUUAAAAUGUCAUUUGCUCACUGCCCACAAAUAGCAAAGCGUAGUCUAGGUGGGCAGUGUCUAUACAAAACAAAAUACGCACUCCAAAUCGUAUUUUAAAAAAUUAACAAGUCAACAAAAGUAACCAUAUUUAUUCGGCUGUAAGCUGAUCUUGGCUAUAAGCCAAGACCCUAAACUUUAAACUUGUAGAAUCAGCACAACCAAGAAUGAAAGAUAAAUCCAAAACACCUGGCUAUAAGCCGAGACCAUUCGUUACGAGGCUUUUAACUCUUGUAAAGCUUAACAAUUUCCACAAAAAUGUGAUCUUCUCUAGGAAAACAUACAAUAAUCGUCGUUUGGGUUUUUUGCUGCUAUCAACCUUAUGCUUGAAAUGAUCGCAUAAAUUGCCUUCAAUCAAAACAAACUACAUCAGUUAGCAUUGCAUUCGUCCGUGCUUAGUAAUCAGGCAAAUGUUUCGAAGCACAAGUUUGACCAAACAUGGCAGAUUGUUUACACAUUCCUUGACAUCUUUCAUUUGUUUUACACCUUACCUGGUUGUAAAAGGCUUACGAAUGUGAGAUUUUAGUUGAGACCUGUUUUUGUCAGAUAUUUUGACAAUCUGGGACCGAAUUUUUGUGCUAAUAGCUAACUUAACAUUCAGAUUUGUAGUUACCCGAUCGAUUUGAUCUUUUGCCAGUGCUAUUUUCUCGGCUUAUAAGUGAAUACAGGACCCAUUUAGUAGAGUUUCAAUGUACUGAAAUAAAAUUUAAAGCAAAGACUCUUUGCUUUAAGCUGAGACCCGCUCUUGGGCUCAAAUUUCACUGAACUUUAGCUUUAAUUUGUGUAAAAAUUGCUUGGCUUAUAGCCGAAUAAAUACGGUAGUUAAGCUUAUAUAAGUUGCACAAAAGGUAAAGAACUUCUUUAAGGUCUGUAUGUUGUCUCUACCCAUAUUUCGUUCAAAUUUGAAGUAUUCCUGCUGAGCUCAGAACUGCAUGACCAGCAUGGUCCAGCACGGACACACAUUCACUUAGCUCAGCUGUAACAGAUUUGUUAGGGAGGUGUCCAUUCCAUUAUUAACAGAGUAUGAACUGUAUAAUAUUGUUUCCUUACAAUUGCAGCUGAUGUUUCAAAAGUGAAAGCACUCCAGUUCAUUAAAAUUGGUACAACAGGCAAGAUUGUUUUAGGCGUGAGUGGCUAUCCCAAACCUACAAUUGAAUGGAAGAAGGGAAGUAAAGUUCUCCAACCAAGCAGUGACUCACACUACACCUUACAAACAGAUGGCUCUCUGAGUGUCAUAAAUGUGAAACCAGAAGAUCAAGGAAAUUACACUUAUGAAAUCAAGCAACCUGGUUAUACGAAGAACGGUGUAAUUGAAGCCUACGCUGUGGGUAAGUAGCUUCAACUCAGGAGCAUAGCGUUCAUAUAUGCAUUAACACCAGUGCAUACAGCUAAAAUCCUAAAAAAAAAUUCCUGAUGGCAUUUUUCUCAUUAAAUCGAGAUGACUGGUAAAUUUUUCGCAUUAUCGUGAUUGUCAAGUUGCUUGGUAAAUACAACAAGUAAGCGGGGCAUCAAAAAGCUAGGGAUUUCUUUUGCUUUUAUUUUUCUUCUUUUUUCCAAUAAAAGCAGCCAGGGCCACACUCAUAGUACAAGUAUCUAGGGGAAACUCUAGCCCCCAGCAUUUAAUGACAUCCCUGCAUUAUAAUGGUGUCUUUGUGUUAGUAUUUCCUUUAUGCUUUUAUUAUUCCAUAACUGUCGAGAGAUUGAGCUCUCUUGCAAAUCUGCACAUAAGCACAAGGAUGAUGAUAUCAGUGGCGUUGUAACAGAGUUUGCCUAUCUGAAGACAUCAGAUACACUGACACAGACACUUCUUGCGUUUUGCUUGUAGCCUCCUUGAUGGCGUCACUGUGUCACCAUUUUUUUUUACAUAAACACUGUGCCUUACCAAUAACAUGAGAGAUUUUAUUUACUCAAAAAGAAAAAGACAGGAAAUGGCAUUUUCAAGACCGUAAAUUUAAACGUCUUCUGUGGCAUUAUACCCCCAGAUCCCCUAAUCUGGAACAUCUUUGCAGCAUGCAAAGAAAGUCGUGUCCAAUAGCCCAGGGCCAGUGGAUUUUGCUUUCGGGCUAGUGAUUUUUGUUCUUAACUUGCCUUUGCCUGACAGGCAAGUGUUUUUUUGGGGGGGAAAUUCAAAUUACUGAAGGAUUGUAAUCAAUCCUGCUAAUCAAAAAGGGUUUUGGGACUAGUUGAAAUGACUUUUGGGCUAGUACAUGCUAAUUACAGCUUGCCCGAAUGGCAGGCUGUAAAACUGACUUUCUUUGCACCCUGCCUUUGCCAUUUGAACAUUUCACAGGGAAAAAAAAGGGGCUGAUUAUGAGUCAAGAAAAUACCCUGUACCACCCCUUGCCCAAGGUCCUGACUGGUACAGCUCCUUCCUAAGUGUAGCAGAGGAUUGGGUCCCUCAGUAAACAGUACAGUCGACUCCCAAUAACUCGAACCCUUGCUAACUCAAAUCUCAUGCUAACUCGAACUAAAAUCGAUUUCCCCUGGAUUUCCAUCAUACGUGCUCUGUAAUUUUACCCUAGGUAACUCGAACCCUCGAUAAAUUGAACUCCCGCUAACUCGAACCAAUUUUCGUUUCCCCUCAGGUCAUUUUCUAUAUAAUUUUACCCUUGAUAACUCGAACCAUGUUUUGAGCCCUUAAAAAUUUUUGAAUUUUGGAUUUCCUAUUGACGUGUUGUAGGAGUAUAGUUUACUAGUGGAGGCUGAUGUUGAUUGUCACAAGCUAACGUGAAGCACCUUUUCUUCUCAAAACAAUGAAAUGCAUGCUCUAUUUAGGCUGUGUUUUGUUACGUUACGUUACGUUAAUCUAGAAGUAUCUUUUAAUUUUCAUUUGACAUUUCUACAAUUAAAUGUGAUUAAAAUGUUCACUGUGCAGUAAAAACCAGGAAAAAACUGUUUUUUACCGUACUCUCGGCUAUUUUCUUCGAACUCUCGAUAACUCGAACUCCCGAUAACUCGAACCUUUUGUCAAUUUCCCUUGAAGGUUCGAGUUAUCGGGAGUCGACUGUAGUCCUCUUUUAUAGCUCUUUGGCUCUGAAUAUUAUCAGACAGGUUUUCUUACAUGUAUUUAACAGAUUUCCCAAUGUGCCUCCUUAAUUGACCAGUCUAUGUAGUAAAUGGCUCGCAACUCACAAAUAUUUCUUGAUUCACACUAACAAAGGGUUAGCUUCAUCUCCUCACUGAGAUAACGUUCAACUCAGUUGAUAAAACCAAAUCUGUGUGGUUCUCAGCGAUUCCUUCACUGAAGCAACACCACAGUUUCUCUAGAAACCAACCUCUUUCUUGAGAAUGGCAAUUUUUCAUUCAGUGGCACAGACAGUUUGGAAAAAAAGAAACUGUGUAUAUACCCCAAAUAGGGUGAUUCCAUGUUGUGGACAUUACGUUCAGAUACUAAAAUUAAUAUUUUAAACCCCAAUUUAGAUGUCAAAAUGUUCAUUAAAGGUGUUCAAACAUAUCUAGAAAGUAAAAUUAGUGUUCCCUUUGUACCUAAUAAAAAGAUGCUUUGGUUAGCUCUUAAGACCUUGAAGGUAUGAGCUGAAGAAAGUGUGUUGCGGACAUUACAGUUUAAACAACCACUUUUUAAAGUAACUUUCUUUAAACAGAUUUUCCUGUGAAUUUUUAACCUUGAGCAGAAAAUAAUAUUGUGCCUUCAAAACAUAACAAUAACUAGAUUUUUCAACUGUCAAAGAAAAAUUCCAUGCAACCUUGUUCCAGUGAUUCUACAAACAAAAUUGUUGCGGACAUUACAUCUUUGGGAACACAUUUUCUAGUGGAUUUCAUGCCUUCGCACAUUAAGCACAUGGACAAGAUGCACAAGAUCUCAGUAAUUUCAAACAGCCCAUUGUUUCAGCUUUCUGUUGGUUGAGUUUCAUUGUGCAAAAUUUUAUUUUAAAAAUUUCAUUGUCUCGCAUGGAAUUGCCCAAUAGGAGCUGACCUAUGACAUUCUGUUUACUACAGUAUAACCUUGAUUUAACAAAGGGCUAGGGGACUGGCAAUUGUUUUUUCGCUAUAUCAAGGUACUUUUCCGUAUAUUUUACUAUUACUGGGGCAAAGAAAGUUGUUCGUUAUACCAAGGAGUUCGUUAUAUAGAGAUUCAUUAUAUUGAGGUUCCACUGUAGUCCAGAUGCUCUACUGCUAAGCUGCAAGAGUUUUGUGGGAGCGAAGGCCACUAAACUAGGCUCUUGUUCUUGCUAGGACUAAAAUGUACAUAUCUACUUAUAAAUAUUCACACAUUUUGUGCUUUUUUUUGUAGAAUUUCCAAAGAUCACACCCUUUCCUUCUCCUCGGAAGUACCUGACUGAAGGCUACUCUGUAUCAUUUGUGUGCAAGGCAAAAGGCAUUCCUGCACCAAAAUAUACCUGGUAUUUCCAAGGCAACCAAAUCAAUACAGUAGGAAAUAAUUUAAUCAAGGAUGGCAACCUGACAAUCACAAAAGUAACAUCAAGUUCAAAAGGCCAAUACAGGUGCAAAGCCUACAAUGAGAUUAAGAAACCUGGAAAGACAGCUGUUGAGAUUGGAGAAGAUACAAAAACUGUGGAAAUUGUUGAUGUUUAUGGUAAGGACAAUAUUAGCACUAUAGUUGUUGUGCAAAUGAAAUGAAACUCAUUUUCUUGCAAAAUGGCUGUUAAAGUCGUCUGGUGUGAAAACAAGAAUCUGAAGAAAGAGAAUCACUGACUUUUCCUAGUUGUUUCUGGAUAAGUGAAAUGCAUCUCAGUUUACAGUGUCCUGUAUUUAUGUUAGAUGCUGUUAACGUCUGAGACGUUGAAGUUGUAUCUUAACAGAAGGUGUUAAUAUUGUCAGACAUUAAAUGUUUGCCCAAGUUGUUAAAGAAAAUAGGAGAAAUAAGUUAACUCUUCUGCUGUCGUUUUUAAGUGAAACAAAGGAAAUAAAAUACAAACCAGGCACAUAUAUAUUUAAAAGUGCAGUCAUGUGUUUGGGAAAAAUAGGAAGCUUCAGCAGUGAUAAAGGUCAAUAAAAGCAAAUUUACAUUUGUACAUUUUCCAGACUUUGUUGCUUUUUUCCAAAAUAAUUGCCAAAUAUUAUGUCAAAGGCAUAAUGUUAAUUUUCCUGGGGUUGAAUUCUUGGGAACAGCACCCAUGUCAGAAAGAGAAAGUAAACGUCAUGUCAUGUGUUUAUGUCCUCCAUAAAAUGGUACACAGGGAACUUUCAUGUUGUGGUCAUGCAGAAAAAUAAUACAAGAAUACCACACUUGCAAAAUUGUUGUUUUGCUUUGUAAGUCUACUGUUUUUUGAUGUUCUUGUCAAUGUUUGGCUUUCCUUGUCAGUGGCACCGAAGAUCACUUCUGAUGGUACUGAUAAAAUCCUAGCAAAAGGGAAAAAAUUUACUUUGGAGUGCGAGGCCACAGGUAGUCCGACACCAACCGUAGUCUGGAAAAGAAAUGGAGAAAUUGACCCUCGCCAAAAGGUAAUUCUUAUGUCUUUUAUGUGCUAUGUAUAUUAACAGGCAGCUUAUCCAUGCUUUCUCAAGAGUCAUUGUGGCCAAGAAGUUAAGGCCUAAAAUUUGACAGGUUCAGGUCUCAAAAAGUUAGAAACACCAUGUACAGCAAAGUGAGUUGUGUAUUGUCAGUUGAUGGCCUUGCAUUGAUCCAGUGUUUUUCCUAAAUUUUAGUUCAGCAGGUAAGGGCAGUAAGGUAAAAAAUAUGUACCACAGAGGGGUACUUUUCCAGGGGCAGGGGGUAGUGGAGUGCCGGACAUGGCCCUGCUAUUAAGAGCAAAUUUAGGAGCUACAAGUACUUCUUAACUUUUAGCAAACCUUCAGGCCAUUGCAGGCAGUAAGAAGUUUUGCUUCAGGGAGUAAAUUUUACCAGUUACGGUCUGAUAAGGAGAACUGUGAGAUCUAAUAGACAGGUAAAGUAUUUGUUUAUGUUACUGGCCGUGGUUUAGUUAAGCUAUGGUGUUAUUGGCUGUGGAGAUUCUAAACACAAGCACAGCAUUUACAUUUUAGCCUGAAAAAACAGCCAACAUUUUGCCACACCACCAGCAGUUUCCCAGCAAAAUGACGUCUGAGAAAGGAGUGCAGAAAUUCCAUACUGAUGACGCGUCACCUCCUAUCCUGCGUAGCUCAAGUGGAACUGUUUUUUUUUUGUGUGUGCAAAAGUUUUGGCAUAGUUGCCAAUCUCGCACUUUGCCAGAUAACUUGCCUUUUUUUUAAUGCCGUCGACUUUGAGCGCUUUGUCAAAACCAUUUAUAGCAGCCAAUCAGAGUUAGGGUCUAAUGUGAAAUCUACAUGUUUCAAUAACCCGCAUGUGUGUAAUCACAAAAAAUAGAAUUUGUUUUGCUGUGUGCAGAAGCCAGAAACAGGGACGACCAGCAAGUAAAGUUCAAAAUGAAAUGUGCAUGUACUCUGAAAGGAAAAUGAAAUUGCGGGGAUUUUCACAAGACACUGUAUGUUUCAAUGCUGACAGUAAAGAAACGACAUCGGAUUUGUUGUUAAAAUUGAAGCCAUAUUUUCACUUGAUAGUUCACAGGGCUCGACACUAACACCUACCCGUUCACCACUGGAAAGUAAUAUUUCUGAGUGGAAAGUAAAAAAAGCAAAUGAACCGAAAAUACUUGCCCGAUCGGGCAACUACUUCUAGACAAUGCGGGAAAGUAUUUUUUUUAAACAGCCAAAUAAAAAAGAAAAGAAAACGAAUGUGUUUAGUUAUUACAAGUGAGCUUCCUUGCUAAACGUCUAAGUUUCGCAUUUUUCUAUCUCCGCCAUCUUGGAAUCGUCAGUGACAGAUCGAGAAACUCUGGGUACGAAAUAGAUGAUGCAAACGACCGUGCUCGCCAUUUUCCCUUUCACAUGUGGACUAGUAAAUAAAACAUGAGUGUUUUAAGCGCGCUGGUGAGGUUAACAAAGGAAACUCCGAAAAGAUUGAUGAAGUUGACCAAGAAAGCAACAAAGGAGGAGAACAGACUGAAAAUCAAACAGCUGGAGCAUAUUCGAAGCAAGCGACGCCAUGAGACAAAUACGAAGAAAAGAGGAAGAUGGUCGGCCGUGGGUUUAGAAAAGAAUGGCUUAAGGAGUUUCCAUGGCUGCAAUACAAGGAAGAACAGAGUCUUAAUUUUGUUAUGUUUCUAUUAUGGAUAGUGGAAAAUAUGUUUCCUUCAUUUUUGGAAAGUAAAAUUUUACUAUGGAAAGUAAAUUUUCAUAUCUACUUUCCACAGUGGCAAGUUAUGUCAAAAGUUAGUGUCGAGCCCUGGUUCAAUAGCUUUGAUAGAUAAACAACUUAAUGAUAUCAUGCAAACAGUAGCAGUGGUUAAUUACAGUCAUUUUCAAUCAGCUAUUGUUAAUGUUACAUAACUCUUAAGCAACGCAAAAUUUACUGACAGCGUUGCAAAAUGUUGGCUGUUUUCUCAGGCUACAUGAACUGCUGAAGAAAUUUUAUUUAUUCCUCAAGAGAGCAGGUCAAUGGAAGAGCAGUCGCACUAACACAGUUUCUUUAUCUUAUACUCUAGAAAUCAGACGGAAAAAGUGUCAUUACUUUCAAAAAAAUUGCAGUGAAUGAUGGCGGAAAGUACACUUGCGAGGCAAGAAAUAGUGCAGUUGACAGUAAAGGAAAACCUAUUGUGACAACCUUGGUCAGAAACAUCAACAUCAAAUGUACGAGUUUUUAAUAGUAGUGACGAUGAUGAUGAUAAUGAUGAUGAUCUAGAUAAUAGUUUUAUUAAUUAAUGCUUCAAGUAAAUAAAGACAUGGUUCGUACAACUGCAGAUGAACAAACGUCAAGGACUUUUCAAGGAUCUUUCAAGGACAAAUUACUGCAGUUUUUCAGGACUAAGAUUUAUUCAGUAAAUUAAUUGGCAAUCUUUGUCCUCCUUUUGAAGACCUUACUUGCUUAACCACUCAAUGGAGUCAUUUAUGAUUUUUACUUCUUCGACCAUGGUUGAUCACAUUUUAUUCUACUUUCCACAACAACACUUUGCAAAAUGACAUGGUAUAUUUUGACUUGCCAUAUUGCAUCUAAGGUACAGAAAUAGUAUUUGAAAUAAAGAAAUAGAAAGUCCUGUUUCUCUUGGAUUUCACCAUACUUUUCAUUCAUUUUUACUCGUUUAACUUGAACUUCCCGCUAGCUUGAACUGAAUGUCCUUUCCUUGGAUCAAAAUUUCACUUAAAUUUACCCCAAUAACUCGAAUUCUGGUUCUUGUAACCCCACUCAGAUGCCACCCCUUUAGCUCAUCUUGUUGUAUAAUCAGUAAAAACACUAAAACUAUAAAUGCUAAAGUAAUUUAAUUUUAAUUUUAGCAACGAAUAGAUGAAGUUUAGUCAUUAAAAUACAUGGUCAUGUCACCAUUUUUGAUUAUUAACAAGGCAAAAUGGAUAUAUUCAAUUGAUCUUGAUGACUCGAACCCCCAGUAACUCGAACUGUUUGAUGCUUGCCCUUAGAGUUUUAGUUCCUGGGGUUCUACUGCAGGGUGCAAAGAAAGUCAGUUUUACAGCCUGCCAUUUGGGCAAGCUGUAGCUAGCAUGUACUAGCCCACAAGUCAUUUCAACUAGCCCCCAAACCCUUUUUGAUUAGCAGGAUUGAUUAGAAUCCUAAAUGUGAUUUGAAUUUCCCCCAAAAAACAGCACUUGCCCGUCAGGCAAGUUAAGAACAAAAAUCACUAGCCCGAUAGCAAAAUCCACUAGCCCUAGGCUAUCGGACAUGACUUUCUUUGCACGCUGUACUGAAUAUCAUUUCACUAACAGGUUUCUUCUUUCAAUUUUUAGCUCCCCCUUAUAUCAACAAACAUGCCUCUCCCAGCGAAGUGUUUUCAUUCAUCGGCAACAUGGAUCUAACCUUUGUGUCGUGCACGUUUGGUGGUUACCCUCCUCCAUUUGUCACCAUGACGUUUAAAGGCAAGUUGAUGUCUAAUGAUUCAGUUACAGCAAAUACAAGCGUCCGCACAGAUGCUAAGAAGAAGUUUGGGGAUUAUAUAUGCCAUGCAAGAAACGAUUAUGGGAUCAAGAACCAGACAGUCACUCUAAAACAAGUUGGUGAGUAGAAUUUCUGUUUGAUGUGAUAUGUCAAAAGCUUAACCCAUCUAGAAGCACUGUUUUGAGACUCAGCGGAAUCUGUGUCCAGUUAUAAUCAUGUGAAACACCAGAAACAACAGUGUCUACCAACAUGUCAGUGGAGACUACAACUGAUAAAGCUCACAGCAGGUUUAGAAGUUGAAAGGAAGAAAGGCUUUUCUCAUUAUUUACUGAAAGCCUUGGAUAAAUGGUUGCCUAUGGGAGAUGAUAGCUCACAAAAGAUCUCCCGCACAUGGGAAUCUGACAGUAAAUUAAUUUGUCGCAAGCUUAAUAUUUGUCUUUGGUUUUAUCUCAGGAAAACCCUCAGUAGUGCGUGACUUAAGAGGCACGUCAACUUGUGAUUCAGUCAAACUAACUUGGACGCCACCCGUAACAGAUGGCGGAAUGCCUAUCAACAAAUAUGUCCUGAAAUACGAUGGAAAAAACCGAAACAUUGAUGGAAGGGAGACAUCAUACACAAUCACCAACCUUGAACGGAAUAAAGUGCACAAUUUUAUUCUGCGUGCAACAAACAAGGGAGAAUGGGGUGACACAACAAGCAAAGAAGUUGAGACUAAAGAGUUUUGUAAGUAUGAGCCUAUUAUUAGAGGUGCUUUUUAGUGAGACAUGUAAUCAGAGAUGAAAUUCUGAAUUUCAGUUUCUUUGGAUUAAAUUACCACAAAAGAGCCAAAAUGUGUGGAAGCUUAAUUAUGCAUGGAAGCAUUGUUUAUGAAAGUCUGAAAAAAAAUAUUGUGGUAUAUUACUGGAAAAUCACUUGUUAUGUGUACAUCUUUGGGAUGAGCAUGCGGCCAAAGCAAUAAAUGUGUGGAUCGUGAAUCUUUAAGCCUUGGAGGUAGUUCUCAUAAAAAAUUCAUCCACUCAGAGUUACAACAGCAUGGAUUCUUUACAAUUCCAAAUCUAUUUUGAGUUUUAGUUAAGACAUACAAAUUCUUUCUAAAAUUCAUGAAUUCAUCCAGAUGUUGAUUUACCUAAAGAAAUUUACUUGUAGAGUAAUUAACAACUUAUUAUUCCUCGAGCCCAAAUUGACUCAGAAGCCACGAGGGCGAGAGGAAUAAUUUAUUGUUUUAGUAAAAUCCAACUAAUUGGUCAAAAAUAUCGAGAAUAAAAAAUUUUAGCUAGUUAAAGCUAGACUUUAAUCCUUUUUUGCUGCCAAAAAGCUGGCGCUUAUCGCUACUAGUGGGCUAUAACAUAUAGCCUAGUAGUAGCUCAACCAAUCAGAAUGCAGCGUUGAUAAUAGACCACUAGUUGGAUUUUACUAAUGAUAAUUAAUCGUCAAAACUUGAAUGACAUCAUACUCAGCCUCAUUCGAUAAUUGCUAAUAAAAGUUGAAUGUUGUACAGACCUGUCACUAAGGUUUCAAAUUGCCGGGUAUAAAUUAUGCAGCUAGUGUACAGGGAGUUGAACAGCUGUGAAUUUCUCUCUUGUUUUCUCUGAAAUUAGCCAAGGAUCACUCCCAUAGUAGCCGGGGGAAAUCCAUGGCCCCCAGCUCUUUAAGUGACAGCCUAGUAGUUGUAGUUCAAGCUUAUUCUUGUUUCAAUGUGUAUUUUACAUUGUAAAACUUGUUUGAAUUAGAGAUAAGUUUUAUGGUUAAGUGGCGUAGUUGAACCAAAUAUCCCAAACACCAUAUCUCGACAUAAUAAACUUACCUGUCUGUGUCAUGUCCUGCACAUGUGGUGAAAAACAUAGUAAUAAAUUAUGGCAAUUGAGGUGCUUAAGAAAUGCAGGUUUAAAACGCCGGUCAGUACAAAAUGCAGACUGCUGGUGUUUUCAACCCUGAAAACAGUGAUCUGCAGUCAGUCUGCAGUCUGCCUUCUGUACUAUCCAAUUUAAACGCCAUUGGUGUCUGUUACUAAGUGAGUUAACUUACAUUUUGUAGAGAGAUUCUGUGUCUUCUUUAUCCUUUAACUUAGUCUGCAUCAAAUUUCGCCAAAGUGUUUUUUCGUUGACAAACCUAUUGUUUGUGGAAAGGACUGCAUGCAAGAACCCGUGUACUACCGUACGUUGGGAGACUGGGAACGAGUAUUUUCGUAUUUAAUCAAAAAACCUAAAAAUGGCCUUUUACCAACUUUUUCACCUGAUUUGACAUGAAAUAGACAGAUUUGGUUGUUUUAUCCUGAAAAGUGGAUUUUUUUCAUAAAGUUUGGUGCUUUGCUUAAUAAUAUUUACAUUCAAAUUCUCUGGAUCUUCAUACUUUCAGUUAAGAAUGGACUGAACAGGAUGGCCAUAUAGAAAGAGUGUACUUAAGAUUAUGUUAAUGGCGAGAUUAAGGUCAUUAAGCAUCGCGUUUACGGCAAACUGCAAACGUGAGAUUCAAGUUGAGAAAUUUUCAAAAUGAGAAAUGAGCAGAUAAAAACAGCUUAAAACAAUUCUUGUGGUUAGAACUGGUGUGAAUCUACCGAUGAACGUUAAACGACAAUUAGAGGAUUUACGGUGUUCUAUUGAAAAGUAUGACAGCGAAUUUCAACAAGUUAUAGUUGACUGGAACACCAUUAUUUUUGCAAUUCAAUUGAAAAAAGAUUGCAAAUAGCGCGACGUAGUCCCUGUAACCAGGGCGGAUAACCCUAGUCUCCUUCACAGCCGUUUUUGUCUUGUCACGCAACGGAGUAUUGUGUGACCGAGAAAAAAAACGGCUGCGGGGGAGACUACUUUAAUAACUCCUCCAAUCUUGUGUCUCUUUUGUCUCAGGCGCGCCAGGUCGCCCAAUCAUCUACGAGCCUUCGUCAACAAAUCUUGAUAAAUCUAGCUUCACCCUUAAGUGGAAACGCCCUGAAGACAACGGCGGCGACUCUGACAUAGUCUAUAAAAUCCGUUACCGUGAUGAGACCGACCCCGACGAUCCGGGACCGUGGAAUAAUGAAGAAACUAGUGAACUGGAAAUUGACAUCAAAGAUCUUGAUAAGUCGAAGCGGUACAAAUUCGAGGUCACAGCGACAAAUAAGGGAGGAGAAAGUGAACCAGCUGAAAAAUAUUAUUCGAGAAGCAGUCGUGAAGGUAUGAAUGUUACGUACACAAGGAACCCUUCAAUAUUUUCGCUCUGUUCAUACGGAACUCUGAACGACUAGGCGUCUAAAUUUUCGUACGUUAAGAUGAUCCCGUGCGAGCGGAACACCUUAACGCCCGAAUUUUCAACCUGUCGAAAAUUCGUCCGGGGCCGUGUUAACGUAGCCUUACUAUAGGAAAUUAACGCAAAUUUCCGCGACUUUAAUUUCCAUUAUUUUGGCCCCAAAUUCUCGAAAUAUUUUUGAUGUUGUUGACACCUAAGAAAGAGGGGAUUAUUACACGUUUCUGGGAAACUGCCCACCUACCCCUCCCUUAAGCUAACAUCAGCACUUGCUUCUCACUUAGGGCAAAAUGUUGGCUUAGGGGAGGGGAAGGUGGGCAGUUUUCCAUGAUCCGAAAGAGGAGUAUCUUAUCAGGGUGGAGUUCCUUCAGUAUCAUUAAAAACUGAGAAGAACUCUCGCUGUGGCCAGAUUUCUUCUCUCGACCUACCCCUUUCGUACUUUUAGGGAAAGUAGCGUAAAGUUUCCUUUUCGCAUUACACAUUUAACUUUGUCCCUUUUGUUUAAAAAAGUUACGUCUUGGUAUUUUCCUUCAUUUUGAAAUGUUACUCUCUCUCUUUCGCUCUUUCCAACACCUUAAUUUCAUGGAGCGUUAAUUUCCUAUAAUAAGGUACAGAGGGUAUUGAGGUCAAAUGUGCAGACUAGAAAGAACUUGCCUCUAAGCAAAGCUAAAAACUAAAUCAAUACAUGGGUUGAGAGGUACGAAGAAGUUUUAAAGGGACUUAUUAGAAAAUGGAGCCUAUUUAGGAGAGAGAAGGGGCUUAUCAGAGCAUCUAAGUGAUCUCUCUUGAAAAAGCAACAAACGAAUGAAAGGGCAAGUUGCAAACGAAACUGUGGUGCUGUGUUGGUUGGCGGGCGCAGGGGCAAAUGGUUUUAUCAACUGUGAUUGUGAAGUCAAUUUACCACAGUGAAAAGAGUCAAAAGCUGGCAUUUCGAGCGAUUGCCCUUUGUCAGAGUGAGGGAGGGGAGUGGGGAAGGGUAUCAAAAGAGAAAAUUAAGACCCCCCGUCUUUAUUCCCGCAUAUGAGAAUAGGGCGUUUUAGUCUUUGCGCGGUUCACCCUUGUUUUUUUGGGGGGAGGGGGGUGGUGGUGGGUUAGGGGGUUCGCUUUUCCAUUUUAUUCUGGCCAAGAUUUACGUGUUUAGAUUUGGAAAUUAAACCUUUUUUACUCUUCUCAUUUUUAGCUCGCAGUUCGCAACCCCAUCUUGUCGCCAGUCUUACGGUUACCCUCGUCAUGGUAAUCCUUCAACUGCGCAUGCUCUGACGUCAAGACACGCCGAGAACUGAAUCUUCAUGCGAUUAAGCAGAAAAGAAGGAGGAUAUCGAUCAAUUUGUAAAAAUAAUCAGUAGCUAUAGAUAGUGAGCCUUAAUUAAUGAUUUAUGCUGGACGGAUCCGUUUUAAACCAUACUUAAACCCAAUCAAGCUUCAAGGAGGCCCUUUUCAGAGGGUUAUCGCGAUUCUUUCAGCACUCAUUUUGCAAUCAUGGGAACUUUCCUUUGAUUCUGACAGAGUCACUGUUUAUCCUUGAUUCCCAUUUCAAGGUGUAAUUCUGUUGUAUUUCAGUCAAAGUUACGUACUGCUGAAUUUUAGUUGCAGUUUUAUGUAACGUUUUAGUGUGGGAAAAUAGCGCUUAGGUCCGGCAGAUUGCCGGCUAAUUUUAGGUAAAUAGUGAAAAGACUUACGCAUUGGACUCGUCUGGUUACCGCGUUUUAGAUCGGUAAUAUGGCAUAGAAUUAAAAAAAGACAGGCAACCCAAGCUCGCGAUGUGACACGUGACGGGGACGCCUGUGUUUGUCGAAGUGAACAGCAUCUGCAGUGCUGCAAAGACUUCGCACGCUUCUGCGCGUGAGCCAUGUUUCUCUCACGAUCGUCACGCAGCAACACGAAACUAUUGUCAUAAAUCUUACCGAGACAACUCUGGCAGCAGUCAUUUUAGGGUUUGGCACCCUAAGCGGAACCAUUUUACAAAUUAAAUCCCCUUUAAAGUACGACGAGCAUCCCCGGCACUUUUAGAGGGGAGUAGCCCCCCCCCCCGGGAAAAAUGGAUUUCAGAGUAAGCGAUUUGCUGCAAGUAGCUGUUCACGUGGUGUUUACUACAUGCCAUCUGGACUCUGAGAGCAGUUCGUGUGUGCCCCAUGUUUAUACGUCCUGUAUUUCUUCCCAUAUUUCUAUAGAAGGAACGUUAGCUAUAGGGUUCGACAAGUGACAGCUUCACAGUUUUCAGUUUUUUGUUAAAGCGAGAUUUAGAAUCACGUUACGUCAAACACCACGUGACCAACUUCUCCAUUUUCUUGUCAUUUUUGUCUUUUUUUAUAUCUGCAGUGGCAGAUCCAGACUUUCAGAUAAGAGGCGGGGGGGGGGGGGCAUCUAAACCAUGAGAUAAGGGGGGGACGGUCUUAAAAAAAUUUCAGUUUGGUCCAAAAAUAAGGUGGGGGAAGGGGGGCGGGCGGGCCCCACGGGACCCUCCCCUGGAACCGCCAAUAAUCUGUACACCAUCAUGUCAGUGGUUCCAUAUAUGCACAGUUUUAAUAUGUGUACAUUCUAAUUUGAGAAUAACGUUUGUCAAUUUGAAGCAGACUUUUGCCGUGAACUUGGUCCUAAAUAUCUCUAUCCGACUACCUUAACCUUCCGCUUGAUCAGUAUAUCUUUAAUGAAUCGUUUUUAUGAUAAUAAGUUAGUCUUAACAAAACACAUUUUGGCGUUCUGUGUUCUAAUUUUCCUCAUUCUAAUGUUGUUUUUGAAGUGUUUUUUAAAGUAAAA